AUGGAAUAUAAAUUGGAAUUAUUAAGUUAUUUACUUAUUUUAAAGAAAAAGAAUGAAAGAAUAGCUAAAUUUGAUGAGCAAAUAAAAAUAUGUAUUAAUACAUUUGAAAAAACAGUCAUUGAUGAAAAAGAAUUGGCAUACUUAUUUGAAAGAAAUAUAUUAGACAUUAAUUCAAGUAUUCGUUCAAUAUGCUGGAAAUUAGCAUUAAAGCAUCUUAGUUUAAAUACUAAGAAAUGGAAUCAGGAGCUAACUGAAAAAAAAAAAUUAUAUGAAGAAUAUAUAAAAUAUUUUGUAAUAAAUCCAUUAAUACCAAAUAAUAGUAUAGGAGAAGAAGGUAUUCAAGAUAAGAGAAAUAAAUUGAAAGAAGAAAUAAAUUUCAAAUUAAAAAACGAAGAAGAAAAAUAUUCCUCUUUUAAUUUAAAUGAAGAAUCAGAUACAAAUUGGAUGAAUUCAGAAUUAUUUAGUCAAAUUAAUAAAGACACCUUUAGAACUAGACCUGAAUUAUCCUUUUUUAAUAUAAAUCCAGAACAUACAAUUAACAAUAAUAUAAAUAUUCUGAAUAGUUUAAUUAACAUAGAAGAUUUUGAGGAAGAAAAUGAAGAAAUUCCAUUUUUAGUUAAUAUAAGUAGCACAGAUAAUCUAAAUAAUAAUGAAAGCGCACAAUUUUAUAAUAAAAAUACAAUGGAACAAAGUAGCAUUUAUAAAAAUGAUUAUAAUGAAAAAGUUGAGAAGCAUAUAAAGAAUGUUUCUAUGAAUGAUAAAAAAAAAAAAGGAAAAAAAAAGAAUAUGAAAGAAGAGAAUGAGAUUAAUAUAAUAAAAGAAGAUUCUUAUUCGGAAAAUAAUUAUAAUAAUAUAAAUUGGUAUAAUUCAAAUAUCAAUAAUAUAGUAAAAGAUGAAGAUAAUAUGUAUCUUGAGAAAAAACAUGAUGUUGGAUACUCAGAAAAAAUCUCGCAAAAUUUGAAUAUAGAAAUAAAUAAAGCAACAAAUUCUACUUCUUUUAAAAAUGAAAAAAAUAGAUAUUCUACUGACGGCUGUGACAUAUUAAAGCCAAAGAGACACUAUGAUUUAUUGUGUCGUAUAUUAUUUAUAUACGCUCAAAUUCAUCCAUAUGUAAAAUAUGUUCAAGGUAUGAAUGAAAUUUUAGCUCCUUUAUAUUUUAUUAUUUUUAAUGAUCCAUUAUGUAACUGCCCUUUACAAGGAGAAGCUGAUACCUUUUUUUGUUUUAUUGAAUUAAUGCAAAAGCAAAAAGAUGUUUUUUGUGAAGGGUUAGAUAACACAGACAAUGGUAUAAAUGGAAAAUUAAAGAAAUUUUCUCUUUUGUUAAAAAUAAAAGAAUAUGAAAUAUGGAAAAAAUUAUAUAUAUUAAAAAUAGAAACACAAUAUUAUGCUUUAAAAUGGAUAUUAUUAUUAUUAACCCAAGAAUUCGAUAUGGCUGAUACCAUUAUUUUAUAUGAUCAUUUCAUUAUUAACAAUAAUGAAAAUUUCAUUUUAUAUAUUUGUCUAGUUAUAUGUAUGAAAUUAAAAAAUUCCUUAUUAUGUGGUAACUUUAGCGUUAAUUUGAAACUUUUGCAAAAUAUACCUCCAUUUGAUCCAUAUGACAUAAUUUGUGAAGCUAAAGAUUUAAUGAAUAACGAUUUAAAAAAAAAUAUUAAUAUCACUGAUAUUUAUAAUCAUUAUGUUUAUGAAAAAAGAAGAAAAUAUUCCCUAGAAAAUAUUAAAAAUAAUAAUAAAGAAGAUAUAUGUGAAUAUUUAUCUAAAGUAGAUGAAAGUGAUGAAAGCAAGAAAUCAAGUUUAUUUAACAACUUACGAAAUAAACCUAUUGUUCAAAAUAUUAAAAAUUAUAUUAGUAAUAAAAUAGAUUUAAAAAAAAAGUCUAAUGAAAAUAUUGAUUUUAACUAA